AUGCGUAGAAACUCUCUUACGAGCAUGCUCGGCGAGUUUGUCGGCUUCCACAGAUCGCCCGGAAUGCGGCUCUCCUCGCUUUCUAACCAAGAACUCAAUCAGGCGGUGAAGGACGAGAAGAAGACGUUCUUGGUGAGGGAAAGUUGCGAUGCAGCAAUCAGAACGAAGCAUUAUUUCAGGAACAAGAAGCGGAACGGCCGGAGAAGAGAAAGCCACGUCAGAGGUAUCUUUCUGAGGGCGACAUCCGAGUCGUCUCCGCCCAUCCAGUUUCAGUCAGCGAACUGAAAAAGGGAAUCAAUGGAGACCGUACCGUGGUAAGAACGAAGUUUCAGAUUUCAAUGACACUAUCACUGAUUUGAUUUCAGAUGAGAGUAUCGUCGAAUCCGGAAGGAUCAGAGCAAACAGCCGUCAACGUGGUGAUGCGAUCGAAGAAUCCGAAGCGAAAGGACAGACCGACGAGUUUGAUCGAGCGUAUUCGCAGGAAGAUCAGCUAUACGAGAACCGGCGCCAUCAUCGAAUCGGACGAGGAGAAGGACCACGACAACGGAGUGACGCCGUUCCCGAGGCGCAGAGACUCGACGCGCUCCGAGCGACUCUUCAUCCCGAUCACUCCGGUCGAGACAGUCCCGAUCCGCAUCGUCCAGGUGUCCAACUGAGUGCUCCCCAGUGCCGCCCGGUGCGCCCGUCCUCAGGAAUUCGUCCGAUCUCUUUCCUCUUCCUUUUUUUUGUUUUCACUCACUUCAUUUGUCCUAUUUCUUGUCCACGAUAAUAAAAGAUUGUACACGAAUCGAACGAGAUUUGCGAGGAUAGACGUACUUAUCGAUCAGCUAUUUCGUUUUAUUACUUUGGGAUUCAGAAGACGUCCGUUUUCCAUCGGUCAGUCCGGACAAGUUCUCUGUUCUUGAUUCUUUAGUCUUUCUGUCUGAACCAUAAAUUUCCAUUUUUGUUUACAGGGAACCGCGCCGAAAUGCGAGUAGCCGUAAUUACAGGUGGGGCCAAAGUUUUCAGAUUUGGACAUAAAACAUCCUGUUUCAAAAGGAAGAGCAGCCAAACAAGUCUAUUCGUCACUCUAAAAUCUCUGAGAGAUUUCAGUAAGUGACUCGUGCUCCGCGGGCACACGAGUCGACGAAAGCGGUCCGAAGCUCGUCGAGCUCGUCGACUCGUCGCCGAGGUAAUCGCUUCCUCUCUCCGAAGUGUCCGUUCCAGUUUUCGAUCCGAAUGAUGAUUCAUUGAUCCUUCCCAUCACGAGGGUGUUAUUUUGUCGGCGACAUUUCUGAAAUGGCGGCGGCGGCAGAAAGUGAGAUGCCACACGAAUCUCUCAUUUUUUGCGUCGCCCGCCUGCCGCCUGAUUGAUUGAUGUCUCCGGUUAUCAUUUAAUUUCGGCGCGACAGAAUGUGGCGGGUCCGCACCGAUAAAUCAACGAGAGAGUUGCAGGGUCAACGCAACGGUCAACGAGGGCAGUCCGGCGCUCGUGCCCGACGAGAUCGCCGCCAUCCGGGCGGCUCUGCUCGAGCACUCCAAGACCGCAGGUGCUUCCGUUUCAGUCCAAUCACAUCCAAUCCGUUUUCAGACGUCAUCAUUACUACCGGAGGAACCGGAUUCUCUAAACGAGACGUCACUCCAGAGGUACGCAACGAGCCAUCUCGUCAUCGGAAUUCCGAUUGAUUCUAUUUGAGGCGACACUGCAAGUCAUCGAACGUCGUUGUUCGGCACUCGAGAUCGCCCUGCACACUCGGUCCCUUCAGGCCACGCCGAUGGCCGCUCUUUCGCGGGCUAUUGUCGGAAUCCGCGGGAGCACACUGAUCGUUAACAUGCCAGGAAGUGUGAAGGCUGUCAAAGUGGGUUUAUCCGAAUCUGAUGAGAAGUUUAGGUGUUCCUUCAGGAAUGCUGGGAAACUAUCGAGCCGAUUCUAAACCACGCGAUUGAUUUGCUGAAGGACACUGACGAUGGGUCUCAACACGCCAGAAUGAAGUGA